UUCUGUCUCUAUUUGUUUCCUCCUUUGCGUAAUGAUGUUAAAGUGUGUGCCAAAUAUGGUGCUACCGUGAUCCGCGAAUGAUCUUUGUCUUAUUCAGCUCUUGUGAGCGUGGGGGAAAUAUUUUGUUAUUAUUGUUUUUUUUUUUUAUUUUUGGAAUGUGUUCUGUUCUUUUCAGUUGUUGGCUUUUUGUGAAUCUAGGUUUAGUUCACUCGCUGUUUGAUUUCGUAAAGUGCUUGCUUUGUUCCUUCAUUGUUUCUGAUUGUUGUUUGAAAACAAGAAAUUAUGUUCUGCUCUUUGGUUUCUGGAUGUUUGAAGAAGAGUAGAGGAACUUGGAUGGUUGUAAGAGGAGCUGAGUCUCCUCCUGCAAAUGAAAGUAUGUGCUGUGAGUUGGAGCGGUUAAAGCCAGCACUAUCUCCAUCUCCGUUGCCUAUUUUGAUUUGCACAUCUCAACCUAGAAGCCACGAGAUGAAUCACUUUUCUGUUGACACUGAAGAUUCUUUUGCAAGCUUGCUUGAACUUGCAGCCAAUAAUGAUGUUAAGGGUUUCAAACGAUUGAUUGAGUGUGAUCCUUCCUCCGUAGACGAGGUUGGGCUAUGGUAUGGUCGCCGCAAGGGGUCAAAGCAGAUGGUCAAUGAGCAAAGAACUCCUUUGAUGGUUGCUGCUACCUAUGGUAGCAUUGAUAUUAUGAAACUCGUUCUUUCUCUAUCUGAUGCUGAUGUUAACCGACCUUGUGGCCUUGACAGAAGCACUGCCCUUCAUUGUGCGGCAUCAGGUGGGGCUGAAAAUGCUGUUGAUGCUGUGAAACUGCUUUUGGAAGCAGGGGCUGAUCCGAAUUCUGUGGAUGCCAACGGGCAUCGUCCUGGAGAUGUUAUUGUUUUUCCUCCCAAGCUUGAACAUGUUAAAAACAGUCUUGAGGAGCUUCUUCAAACUAAUGAUUCUAUUGCUGGAUGUAAUCUUAGGGUUAUCACAAUCUCAUCCAAUGCAUAUUCACCACCCUUGUCAACCUCGCCGGAGAUUGGGUCUCCUUCUGCUGCAGAUUUCCAGCUUAAGUUGAAGUCUAAUGACGCCCCUGUUUCUUCUGCAUCUGAGAAGAAAGAGUAUCCUGUUGAUCCAUCACUUCCUGACAUCAAGAACAGCAUAUACUCAACUGAUGAAUUCCGAAUGUAUUCUUUCAAGGUUCGACCUUGUUCCCGUGCUUAUUCACAUGAUUGGACUGAAUGCCCUUUUGUUCAUCCAGGGGAGAAUGCUCGACGAAGGGAUCCCAGAAAGUACCAUUACAGCUGUGUUCCUUGUCCUGACUUUCGUAAGGGUGCUUGUAGGCGGGGAGACAUGUGUGAAUAUGCUCAUGGGGUUUUUGAAUGCUGGUUGCAUCCUGCACAGUAUAGAACCCGACUGUGCAAGGAUGGAACAAAUUGUUCCAGAAGAGUUUGCUUCUUUGCCCACACUGCUGAAGAGCUUCGACCAUUAUAUGUUUCAACUGGUUCUGCUGUUCCUUCUCCAAGAUCAAGCACAUCUUCUGCCAUGGAUUUUGCUGCAGCCAUGAACAUGUUGCCUGGCUCUCCUUCCUCGAUGUCGGUCAUGUCUCCUUCCCCGUUCACUCCUCCCAUGUCACCUUCUGCCAAUGGCAUUUCACACUCUUCUGUCGCUUGGCCCCAGCCAAACAUCCCAGCAUUGCAUCUUCCGGGAAGUAAUCUCCAGUCUAGUCGUUUGAGAUCUUCACUCAAUGCUAGAGAUAUUCCUAUGGAUGAUUUUGAUAUGUUACCUGAUUUUGAUCAGCAGCAACAGCUCCUUAAUGAGUUAUCAUGCCUCUCUCCACAGCCAAUAAAUUCUAAUACCACUGACCUUCAAUACGGCUGCACUGAACUUCAAUACGGCCUUAUUGUGAAACCUCUGACUCCUUCAAAUCUUGAUGAUCUCUUUUCUGCUGAGAGUUCUUCUCCCCGAUACGCUGAUCCAACAUUGACUUCAGCUGUAUUUUCUCCAACUCACAAAUCAGCUGUCCUCAAUCAGUUUCAGCAGCAGCAAAGCUUGUUGGCACCUGUGAAUACAAAUUUUUCUUCUAAAAAUGUUGACCAUCAUUUAUUGCAGGCCUCAUAUGGGGUUCAGGCAUCAGGAAGAAUGUCUCCGCGAAAUGUGGAACCAAUUUCUCCAAUGGGUUCUAGGAUUUCUAUGCUAGCUCAGCGUGAGAAGCAACAAUUUCGCAGCUUAAGCUCCCGGGAACUCGGCUCCAACUCUGCUGUUGCUGCUGCAGCUGCUGCCUCUGCCAAUUCUUGGUCAAAAUGGGGAUCACCAAAUGGUAAGUUGGAUUGGCCUGUUGGUGCUGAUGAAGUAGGUAAGCUCCGAAGGUCAUCUUCAUUUGAGCUCGGGAACAAUGGUGAGGAGCCUGAUUUAUCGUGGGUCCAGUCACUUGUUAAAGAAUCACCAACAGAAAUUAAAGAUAAAUUGGCAACUAGUGUCUCAAAUGUUGGAGCAGCUGGAUCCUCCAAUGAGGGAUCAAAUAUGAGCACACAAAUGGAGUCUGUUGAUCAUGCUGUACUGGGAGCAUGGCUUGAACAGAUGCAGCUUGAUCAUCUUGUGGCUCAGCAAAACUGAAAUGAGUUUCGCUGAUCCUGAGGUAGUUAACAACAGAAAUGUUUCAGUAAAUAAUAUAUGUUCUUUUUGAAUUUUGUUGAUGGAAUUGGAAGAUGGUUACAGUAACUAAGAAAGGAAGCAGUAAGGAAAGGAACCACUGAGGGAAAUUCAUUUUCAGGUUUAGUGUUACAAAAGUAACUUGGAAGGUUCAGAAAACCACUGGGUGGCAUUCAGUGAAUUAAUGCCAGUGUAGGGGUUUUUUGGCUGCCUAUCUAUUAAAAUUUUAGGCUCACAUUCCUGUCAUUUUUUCGUUCCUUGAGGAGCAAAUGUUCUAUCGCAAUGCAGUCCUAUUCCUAAGUUUGAUCAAUCUUUUUAAUUUUAUUUCUUUAUAUUUUGGGGUAGAAAAUGAAAUUACAGAAGGGUCAUUAGAGUUAAUUCCUUGUGUCUCCAUUUUGGUCCAAUUUUGGGGAUGAAAAAUACAGGAUGUUGGAUAUGACGUUUCUCAUGUAAUUUGGAAUUAAUAAUUGUCGAUGCCAGGGAGUGGGUGAUUUAGGAAUAUUUAAAGAUUGAUGAUCCUUUGAGCACGUAACAUUCAAUUGAAGUUUAUUACUAUAUUAUUUUAUUAU